AGGCGCGUUUCCGCCGGAGAUGAGUGUAGUUGUUUGGCGUCGCUAGCAUCGGCUGACAUGUUCUGAACAUCUGAAUUGUGAAGUUGACAACACAUGAUCGCUGGAAAUAUUUUUUAAGGUUUUCUCUUCUAUUUAACUGUUUCUCUCUGGGAGAGACUGCAGAGAAACAUUCAGGAUGGAUCCAGCUCUGCUGAGAGAGCGAGAGCUCUUUAAAAAGAGAGCACUGUCCACUCCUGCAGUAGAGAAGAGACCAGCACCAUCUGAACCCUCUGGCUCUUCCAAGAAGAAAAAGAGCAAACCAGACAAAGAGACAUCAUCCUCCAAAAAUAACACAGAUUCCAGCAAUGGCUCCUUCAAUCUUAAAGCUUUAUCUGGGAGUUCAGGAUACAAGUUUGGUGUUCUGGCCAGAAUUGUCAACUACAUGAAGACAAGGCACCAGAGAGGCGAUACUUACCAUCUGACUCUAGAGGAAAUACUGGAUGAGACCAAACUGCUGGACAUCGGCAUGAAGCAGAAGCAGUGGCUUAUGAGUGAGGCAUUAGCAAGCAAUCCAAAAAUAGACGUACGGGAAGGGAAGUAUGCCUUUAAACCCAAAUAUCACCUGAAGGAUAAGAAAGCCUUGCUAAGACUGCUGGACAAGCACGAUCAUCUGGGUCUCGGAGGAGUAUUACUGGAUGAUGUUGAAGAGGGUCUGCCUAAUGCAGCCAAAGCAAUUAAGGCUCUUGAUGAUCAGAUUAUAUUUGUGACCAGGCCGGACAAGAAGAAGAUCCUGUUCUAUAAUGACAAACACUGUCAGUUUACUGUUGAUGAAGAGUUCCAGAAGCUGUGGCGCAGCGUCCCUGUGGAUUCCGUAGACGAGGAAAAGAUUGAAGAGUACCUGAAGAGACAGGGUAUAUCAUCCAUGCAGGAGACCGGACCCAAGAAAAUGACGCCCAUUCAAAAGAGGAAGAAACCAGGAACACAAAGGAAGAGACGGUUCAAGACCCAUAAUGAUCAUCUCAACGGAGUGCUGGAGGAUUAUUCUGAGGGUGUUCCCACCAAAAAGUGACAGCAACUGUAAAGACUCAAAAAGACAAGAUAUCUGUGUAAUGUUUGUAUAUCUGAAUUAACAUAUUUGCCAAAACUACACAAACAUACAGGCACACACAAACACACACAGCUUAGAACUGUACUGUAAGGGCAUAUCUGAACAGACUGUAAAUAUUUCUUUCCACUCUUAUACAUUUUACUCUUGCUAUAAGGCUAUACAAAUUGAAUUGAAAUGAAGAUCUGCUUUUGUUAGAUUUAAAAUUAAACAAGAGAAGUCAAACCACAUAAAGGGUCUAUUUUGAGUUAUUCAUGGAAUUUAUACAUUAAUGCCACCUUUCCACUGUACAAAACAAAUGACGGAUGAUACACCAGAAGUCAUUCAUUUCCUUCAGAGUCACACAAUGGCUGAGUUGUGUUGUUGCGAUCAUCUGCAGAUGCAAGCUUUGGAUGUGUUAAAAAAUUGAACUUGGGCGACUAUGCCACAUUUGACUGACCUUACCAGAAGUGAUGUAUUUCAGUAUUCCAAUCAAAACGCUGUGUUCAAGCUUAAAAUUAUACCGUUUUUGUUCGACUUUAUCAGUAACACUUAAAUCAUUUAAAAGCAAUUAAUAAAUUUUCAUUUAAUAAUUAUUA